AUGGCGGUGCGUGGCGUGGGGCUGCUCCUCGGGCAGCUGGGCCAGGUGGUGGCGACGCUGCUGCCCAGGGCCCUGUGUCCACGGCUCCCCUCACAGCCGCCGGCGGAGACCGAGGCGUGUCUGCCCAUCGUCGGCGUCUUGACGGGUCUCUUCUUGACGCUCCGGCUCAUCCGGGCCCUUAGAAGUCGGCUUUACAGAAGACGCGAGAGGUGGCUCGCGGACACUCGGGCUGAGCAGAUCGAGGAGAAAUGCCAACUCGUUGACAAGCUUUACGCGGCCAAGAAGGAGUGUGCGCUGGUCGGGAAGUCUCUGGAGAACGCCCGGCGGGAGGAAGGGCCGGUGAAGGUUCCCGGCCCUGCGGCCGCUCACAGCAAGGUGCGGCCCGACUCCACGGUGAAGGAGCUGACUCCUGUGGCUCGAGACCUGAACGGAGCCAGAGCCGGGCCCCCACGGCCAGAGACGGGGACAGCAAGGGUGCCAGAAGUGGUGAAGCCCCUGCAAGAGGUCAUGGGAGCCACCACACCCCCGGGAGCUUCUCCUAACCUGCUUGGAGACCAAGAGCCGAGCCCCGGUGGUCCCUCCCCAGGAGUGGGCCUGGGCCUCAGGACACCACUGAACCCCCCUCUCAAGGCCUGGGCCUGGGCCUGGGCGUCAGAGCAUCGCUGAACCCCCCUCUCCCGGCCUGGGCCUGGGCCUCAGAGCACCGCUGAACACCCCUCUCCAGGUGGGCCUGGGCCUGGGCCUCAGAGGACCACUGAACCCCCCUCUCCAGGCCAGGGCCUGGGCCUGGGCCUCAAAGCACCGCUGAACUCCCCUCUCCAGGUGGGCCUGGGCCUGGGCCUCAGAGCACUGCUGAACCCCCCUCUCCAGGUGGGCCUGGGCCUGGGCCUCAGAGCACCACUGAACCCCCCUCUCCAGGUGGGCCUGGGCUUGGGCCUCA